AUGCGAUUAUUGUCAUUCUUGCUUUUGCUAAGCCUUCUACUUCCCGUCAUUUACAUGAAAGUCUCAAAGAAACCGAUGCCAAUGAUGACGAGGAUUCAAAAACGGCCAGGAAAACUUACUGCUUUGCCACGAGCGCCAGCAACAGUGAGUCAAACAAAACCCACUGCACAAAGGAAAGUGCCAGUUGUUGCAGUAAAAGCAAAAACUAGGCCAAAGAAACUUGAAUGGUUGGCGGGCGGCCGGGAAAGGCAGGCAAAUCUGUGGGCAGAGUUGGUGGCAAAGAAACCAUUGUCAGGGAAA